ACCAACACCAACACCAAUACCAACGCCAACGCCAACACCAACUCCGGCCUCACUGGCGACCGAGGCAGCGUGAGUAGUGACGCCUGCAUUGGCAACGUCAACAGCAAAAUCGACACACCCACGGCUUCACCGAGUGUCAAUGGGUUUCUGCCUCCUUCCGGCUCCAACUGCGUCCCCCUUCCUCCUCUCGUCGCCUCCACCCAGUCGGUUGCCUUGACAAUGUCUGCCUCGGAGGCCGCGGAACCGGCGUCCAGUUCUGAUGAGCCCACCGCCUCGGAGUUGAGGUUGGGCGCGUCCUCGUGUCCGGCGGCAGCGCCUCGGCCCGACGACCUGCUGCCCGGUGGACAGCCGGGCUUUGCCGAGAUCGCCUCGGAGGCCAGUGAUCCGGCCAAGCCGAUCAUCUGCCUGGACGACAUGGAGGAGAUCAAGUUGGAGCCGACCACUCUUCAGGCGCCGCCUUCGCCCUCGUCCAUGGACUCGCACACUUUGUCCGGCUUUCCGGCCAGUCAUUUCGGCAGCCUCUUCUCUGCCGGCGGUCUGGCCAAGCGGCCCGAUCUUCCGUUUGACGCCCAACAGUUCAGCCCCAUCCUGCGGGCCAGCGCCGCUGGGCCGGCCGCCACUUCGCUCCGGCUCAGCUUGACGCCCGGCCAGCUGUCGGUGCAGGCGCUGUCGCGCACCCAUCGUCUCCAGUUCUCCUGUACCUUUCCCGAGUGUCCCAAGCGCUUCCUCAACCGUGAACGCCUCACGCAACACCUGCGCACACACUCUGGCGAGAAGCCCUACACCUGCGCCUAUCCCGGCUGUCUGUACCGCGGCACCAGUCAGAGCGCGCUAAUCGCACAUCGACGCAUCCACCUCGACCGCGAGCAGAGGCGUCAAUUCCUCUGUCGCUAUCCCGACUGUGGCAAGGUCUUCCUGUCGGCACGCAGCCUCUCCGAGCACAUGAACAUCCACUUCGGCCAAAGGCCAUACACUUGCGAACAGUUGGGCUGCGGUAAAAGCUUCUCCAGUAAGAGCUACCUUUGCGCGCAUCGACGCACCCAUCUGCCGGUGAUGGCGCUUUCGCCCGACCGGACGGCCGAGUACUUGCCGCUCACGGCAACCACUCUUGCCAGCGUCAGCGCCAGCGCCAGCGCCACUUCCACGCCUGUGCUGCCCAGCCUCAAAUUGGCCUCGUCCUCCGGUGGUUGCACAGUGUCCUCUGCGCCCACAGCCUCGGCGGCCGCGGCAGCAGCUGCUGCCGCCGGUCUAGGACAUCUUCUCCCAACCCACCAUCAUCACACAGCCUCGGGCUCGUCUAUGCAUGUCGGACUCGGACCAGCUGCUUCUGUCACCUCUCAUCUGCAGCACACGGGCGCGCUUGGAAUCGGCACCCAGUUGAAUCUUGGCACAGCUCUGGCACAACACUUGCAUCCACCGCAGCAUCAACAACUGGCGCAACAGCAGCAGCAACAACAACAACAACAAUCGCAACAGCAGCAACAGUCGCAGGCUCAGUUGUCACACGCGGUUCAAACACACCAACUACACCAUCCUUCUCAUCAUCCUGACAGUCUUGCCACGACACCAUCGGCUGCGGCGGCAGCAGCAGCAGCAGCGGUCAAACAUCUCUCAAACACUCUUCCCUCCCAUCACCUCAGCCAUCAGCAGCAGGUCCAUCAGCCUGGGCAGCAUCAAACGUUUUUGCAGUCAAUUGCUCCUUCAGUUAGUGGUGGUGAAUUUGCAGUCUUCCCUUCCCUUUUCGGAUCACAAAGUGGUCAGCUGGAAUAG